AUGCCAACCUCAUCUGCUGCGCCUGCGCCCGUGGUGGCAGCACCGACACAAAGUGAACGGCGAGCACGGGCAGCGGCAGCGGCUGAGAGCCGAGCAAAAGGAGGCAGCACAUCAAUCACUCCAGCGAUUGCUCCUGUUGCACCGAAAGUCCCACAGCCAGUGGUCGCAAGGAUGGAUGCCUUGAUUCACGUGGUCCACUGUGUUUUCGUGGGCCAUGGCUACACCAGCGAGGAGAAGCAGGAGUUCUGUGGUCACUAUCGCUUGCACUAUGCUCAUGAUCACAAGCCGCCCAUUCGAGUAACUUACGUCCCUUUGCAGCGGCAUCUCGUCACAUAUGCCGCUUCCAUGCAGCUUGACAAUCCACUGAAGGCAACCGUCCAGGUUGGCAUGCCAGCCGCCGCAGUUCAAGCGAAGAUCGACUACUUACUGCUUUACCCUUUGCUUUACCGCCAGUGUGUGCCAAUGUUGACAGCCACGCCGCCUGAGGCGCUCUUCGGCUUCAUCUGUUGCCUUUCUAUUCCAGCUUUGUCAGCGGUGAGCUCGACUUGUCGAAGCCUUUCUUCAUCAAUCCUGGACGAUGACAUUGUUUGGCUUCGGGUGGUGCUAUCUCUGCCCCAAAGCCAACACAUCCAGCAGGAGAUGGACGCGUUGAGGAAAAGAGAGAGCAACGGAGAGGCCAUCCCACGCGGAGCCUACCGCAAUUUGGUUCGCGCCGAGGUGCAACGCGCACGUCGGGAAGCUGAAACCGAGCAGCGCAGAAGACAGGAAGCUUUAGCCGAGCGAGGCAGGCUAAGAGAAGGGCUGCUGCUUCAGCCACGGCGCCCGCAGAUGCCAGGAGGAGGCUUUCCCUUCGUCAUUGGCGGACCACACGAUUUGGAGCCCCCUGGUUUUCGACCACCGCUGCAGCCUGAGUAUGCACUGAGACUUGACAGCCCUCAGACUCAGUUGAUGGAAGUGCUUAGGCCAAACCCGUUUCGCGGCUCCGUUGCAAACGAGAUUUGCAACUUGCAGCCGGCAUGUUGCCUUUUUCCACCAACUAUUGCGGCUACAGGCUGA